AUGAUUGAAUUUCUAAACGCACCGGAUAUUUCGGAUAGCGAAGACCAAAUCUUUAAGGGCGAACAUCAUCGAAUUGGUGGUUUCGGUCUGGAGUUAGGGUCGUCGUUAAGUAAGCGGCCGCCCAACAAGGGUGCCGAAUGGCCGUAUAAUUCGGAUUCAACUUCAUCCACCAACAAAUGUAAAUACAAUUGCGAAAGAGUAUCAACUGAUUCAACAAAAAGAAAUUGCGGUGAAUAUUUUGAUCGUGAAUCGCAUGAGUUUCGUGCUGUUGGUGAUGAUUUUGAUGGUCUGGAUGAAUGCUUAUCUGAAUCCGAUGAACAACCGGCUGAACUUGUACCGUUAGGAAUGCGAACUCUUAAUUUUGCUGCCUAUAAAAAACGUUCAAUUAAACGAAAGAAUCGAGUCUUCUCCGUUGUAGAUUAA